CCGUAAUCUGUGGGCUUAGUACUUAGGUUGUCUAUGGUUAGAAUAUAAUAAUAAAAAACAUAAAAUAUAAUUAUUUCCUAAAUUUUGCUAAAUCGCCCUAAAAAUGCCUUUAUAUGAUACUGACAAAUCUGCUGUUAUUUUAGAUAUAGGAACAGCCUACACAAAAUUUGGUCUAACAGGAGAACCCGUUCCAAGAGCAAUAUUCAGAACUGAAGUGAAAUUUAAAGGCAAAUUGAGAAAUCUUUUUGACUACCAAAACGAAAAAGAAUUGUAUGAUAUGUUGGUGGAAUUCUUCCAAGAAAUUUAUUUCAAAUAUGCUGUAAAUAGUCCUAAGGAUCGACCAAUUGUUAUAGUUGAAUCACUUUUAUGCCCUAUUUUAUUUAGAGACAAUAUUGCUAAGGUGUUAUUCAGACAUUAUGGUGUUUCAUCUCUACUUCCCUUAUCUUCACAUUUAGUCAGUGUUUGUACCUUAGCUAUUGAUACAGCCUUGGUAUUAGAUGUGGGAUAUAAAGAAGCCAGUUGUGUACCUAUUUGUUUUGGAGUACCUUUGAUAAAUGCUUGGCAAACAUUAGAUAUUGGGUCUAGUUCAAUACAUAGACAUUUGCAUACAUUAAUUACUGAAAAAGAUGCUGGAACAUCGCUUUUAUCCGAAUCAGUAUUGGAAAAUAUAAAAGUCCUUUGCUGCUUCGUAACUAAGAAAUCCCGGGCUAUCCAGUUGGCACUUCCAAAACCUGACAUUAAACUAUGCCCCAAUGUUAAUUAUCCCAUAGAAGGUUCUGCUACAAUUACUAUUGAAGGAUCUAUUCGGGAGAAAGCCUAUGAAGUAAUGUUCACAGAAGAUAAUGAUCAUUUGUGUUUACCAACUAUGAUUCUUGAUGCUCUUAUGAAUGUUGACCUGCAUCUUAGAAGUAAAUUGGCUGAGAAUAUUUUGCUAAUUGGUGGUACAACUAUGGCUAUAGGCUUCAAAUCAAGACUCAGAGAAGAAUUAGUUGAUCGUCUUAUGGAUGAGAGAUAUAAAAAACUCAAUGUUAAAUGUUUCAAAUUCCAUAUGAGUCCUUCAAAAGAGAAUUUCACAGCUUGGCUUGGAGGAUCCAUAUAUGGCUCGACAGACUGGUUGGUAACAAAAGCUUUGUCAAGAGAUGAUUACCUUGAAAGUAAUAAACUUCCCGAUUGGUCUGAUUUAAGUUACAAUUCGAGAAGUUAUUGAAUUUUUUUUAUUUUGUAACCACAGGCAGAUAAUCAAUCAUCAGAUAAUCAAUAUCUUGUUUUAUGAUUCAUUUGCUCCAUUGAAAAAUAUUCAGACCAUUUCAAUUUCUGUAAAACUAAAACCAAAUUCGUUGUUUUAUAAUGAUAUAAUAUUGUAUUGGAUAUCAGAACAGGAUAUAAUAAAUCGGUGAAUAUUUUUGGGUGGCGACUUCCAACAAAAUCAGCAGUAAAACAUUGGAGGGACAGGUUAUUUUUUGUGUAAUUUUUUAAUGUUUUGUGCAGUUUAAUAAAAAGAAAGUUUAAAUAUUA